AUGAGACGAAUUUCUUCGAAUAUUAGAGAAGACGCCAAGGUUUCUGUUUUGGGCUCUGUUGUGGAAAAUGAAAUUGAGGUCUCAGCGGGCUGUAUAAAGUUUGUGGCUUUUUCUACAACUAGUUCAGAUACCAAUCAAGAUACAAGUAAUGAAGAGCGAAUAAGUGGUAGCGAAACAGAUAUUUCAAGUAAUAGUGAUGAUAGUUUUAAGAAUGGAGAAGCUAUAGAUGUUCUUGUACAUAUUGCUGAUAUCUCUAAUGCAACACCUAGACAGUUUUUUGAGCGUUUUAUAUCUGUUGAUUUUAUAAUGUCAGUAGUAAUUCCAUUUACAAAUAGAUGUUUAUGUGAAUGUGAACAUGGGUGGAGUAAUUUAACAUGGCCAGAAUUUAUGAAGUUUAUUGGCAUUUUAACAAUUAUGACGUAUGUAAAAUGUGCUAAUAUUUGCGAUUAUGGGUCUAUUAAACAAGAAACGACUGGAGUUUCACUGGCAUUUAAUAUAUCAACAAAUAACGAUCCCUUUCAUUUUGCACAGCAGUUUCAUGAUGAAUUUAAUGAAAAUCUUACAAAAGCUAUCCUACCUGGUAAAGUUGACAAAGGUCCAUUUCAACGAAAAAUACCCAGAAAGCCACAUCCAAUUAGAUGUGAAUUCAAAGGUCUUGCAGAUGCUCAAAUUAAUUUAUUCUUAAGAUUAGACCUAGCGGAACCUUUGGAAUAUGCUAUGAAAAAUUUUUCAGAUCAAUACGCAGCAGUUGUUGCAUCUAUGUUAAGAUUACCUAAGAAUAUCUCUAAUGAUAUUACAGGUGUACUUGAAAAUACAUAUGGGUCAUUUAUUAGUCGAGUAUGCAAAAUAAGUGAUGUUGACUUAACUGGUUAUGGCAAUGCAACAUUCUGUCGACCUAUUGUAUUUGAUGAGUAUAAUGAAUUUAGAUCAGCCGUAAACAUACUUAAUAAUUUGCAUGAUAAUUCACUUUCUUAUCAUGAUAUUCUUGGAUCAAAACGCUCUGCAGAUCAUGUUUUUGCCUUCUAUCUUACAGUUGCAGAGGCAAAUAGCUUCUCUGCAUAUUGUAGAUUUGUUCUGGGAAAAAAAAAUAUGAAACACGUUGAUUUCCGCAAGCAAUUAGCAAAAUCGAUCUUCAAUUGUUAUUCAGAUAAUACAAUUGCUGAUUGA